AUGGAAGAACCGUACAUUCCUCAGUGUAAUUCACCUCCUCCUUCACCAGGUACGGAACCAGAAUCUUCGGUUGGCAGCAAUGAAGAUGAAGAUCCAGAUUUUGUCGUUUCUUGUGAACAGAGGACAGUCGUGAAUCGUGCCUGCAAGACUCCUUCUCUUAAGAAGAGAAACAAGAUAUUAAAAUUCAAAUCUUACCGCGAGGCCCUCUUGGCUCCAGCUCAGUGA